GACCUAUACAUUAGUUUUGUUUGCAGUUGGUGAACGAUACAGUAUUGUGUAUAUAUUUUGUGGGUAUUAAUGUUCGCGGUUCGCUGAUUAAGCAUAUACCGUGAACAUUUAUGCCCACAAAUUUAAUAUUGCAUGCAUGCUGCAGAAAGGCUGCUAUUCUGUGAAAAUCUUUCUAACGGUUAAUCUGCGAAAAUUGAUAUAUACCCGAAAUAUACCCGCUAACGGUAUGUAAUACUGCAUGGAACCAUCCAUGCAUGUAUGCUGCAUAGCAAACUUCCCACAGGAACCAUAAAUAUCUUAGAAAGAGUCCCUAUAUAAAAGCAAUCUUUUGCAGUUUUGGGUGGAGGUCUCAAAGGUCAGCAUAUUGCAGUCUGGACAAGUGACCUUUUUGAUAUAUGAAGCAAAUGAGUUUCAAGGCAACAAAGUAGAAGUUACAUAAUUUCAUGUACAACUAAUAGCUACAUAAUAAUAUUAUUAUUGUAAAAAUUAAACAAAAAUGUAUACAAAUCACUGAAACUAAUUAUUGAUGUUCGAACAUACAAUGCGCAUGAAAUAAUUAUUAUGGCAUGGGUAUUGGCCAAUCCUGUACUGUAAGGUAGGGUCAUUGAUUUUCCUUAAAAGCAACUCCUACCAGUGCCUGCAUGAGCGCAUGUAAAACUGGAUGUUGAAUUCAAAAUAACAGAGUUCACAAUUUACUGAAACUGCAACUUUGGAAUCAGUAUGGCUGCUGUGAAUGUGAUCAAGCUGACACUGGUUCUUCUUGCUGGUGUAUGUCUUGUACAACAAUUAGCCAAUGGUGCCAGAGAUCAGGAAAGCUUUAAAUGUCUGGCUGAAAAAAUAUCAAGCUUUAGUGAGGCGGCAUUCAAGGUUCGAAAUCAAACAUGCUGCUACGAAGAUGAAACUCUAAUAUCAAACUUUACUGAGACAAUCGAGGAAUGCAGGAAUGUCACAUUAGAGACAAAUGAAACUUCAUUUAUCAACGGUACCAAACUAGACGGCCUUUCCUGUCUGGCUGAAAGGAUACCAAGCAAUAACAAAACAUUCCAGGAUUGCAGGACUCUCGGAAUAAGGGACCAAACACAAUUCUGCAAUAAUGCCACAUGUCUAACGUAUUUCUCAUCAGCCUACGAAUACUGUGACCUAUGCAAUCCAUUUAAGUUAGCAUGCACUGAAACAAACCGAAACUGUUACAAUUGGAGGUAUGAUAACUUGACAUGCUUGUUUAAGGAAGCUGCUAGGGAUGGCUUGAAAGAGUGCCAAAGAAAAAGAUUAGAGGAAGGUAUCGGAGCGUACUGUCUGGAUAAGAGCUGCUAUUUUGUUGAGGAAGCCUACAACAAGUGCGGGUUUGCUUGGUAUGGGUGUAAUCCUGUUCGAGAAACUUGCAAUAAGCAUUUCAAAUCUAGUUCUGUGCUGCGUCAACAAUGCAGCAGUGGAGGAAAACCAGUCACUACAAUAACAGCUGUUAUGAUUCUGGUCAUUUGCUCCGUGCUCAUGAUUUAAGGAUAUGCAUGCCCAAAAUUUGGAAGAACAGUUCAAAAUUACUGUAACAAUAAAAUAUCUUAGCAUUGUGCAUGCAUAAAGAACUAUAGUAUAGACAAUUUAGUCGUUGGCAUACAUAUUUUAAUUACAUAUUUGUACUUUGCUGAACGGGGAGCAUUAAUUUCAUAGUUGAAUGCCUAUAUAUACAAGUUUCCAGGAAGUGCACCAAGUCUUUAUAAUAGUUAGUAAGAAGUUUCUAUGAUUUAGAAGCCCAAAGGGCUGUUUGUAGUAUCCCAGACAUAGUGAGGGUUCUAGCAAUAAAAUAGUUGAUCUCAGAUCCGGAGAUACUAUAGAGCAACAACACACAGUUCCUGAGUCGUAUACAUA